AUGUCAGAUCUCGCUAAAACGUUGGAGUUAGGCCAGACUAAGCAAUUCCACAUUGACGGAAAAUCUUCAGACGACGUUUUCAAGAUUUUGGAGCUGAACAAGGCGGGUGACCAACUCUUUACAAACCAGCAGCUUCCCAGGUUGCUCGACUAUGUCUCUACAGCCAAAAAGAAAAAUUCCAAUCUGGACGAAAUCGCGACAUUGAGGAGCUUCUACAAGGAUAAAACUCUCGCGAAAACGAUUUCCGCGGCAGGAGAAGGCGAUACUAAGAGUGCUCUUGUCACUAAAGUAGAGAAAGCUCUGAAGAAGGAUAAUCCAAGCAAUUGA